UUUCAGAUAGUCUCAAGCCUCCCACUUGAUGUCUACAACCGUCCUGGAUACAUAGUUUUAUCAAUUGAUAACUCCAUUCCCUA